ACUGGCGGUCACAGAACCGAUCCCAGAUCAUUUUUCAACCGCGGAAAGGCACCGAGACAGGGAGUUUGUGUUACAAACCCAUCAUGUCUUCUGCAGAUAUACGCAUUUGAGUCUCAGUCAGUGUUUAAUUCGCUAAUACACACUUUCCUCUGACGUUUAGCCCAGCGCGUGCGCGCUCUCUCUCUCACACACACACAGUCUGCUGCUGCUGCUGGCGUGAUCAGGACGGCUGCUCGCGAACACACACAGGAACCACAGCAGCCGCAGAAGACACAAUUACAUCACAGCACUCUAGAAGUCCACGGCCGCUACCAUGCCGCUAUUUGGUAAAUCUCACAAGAACCCCACAGAAAUUGUGAAGACCCUUAAGGACAACCUCUCCAUCCUGGUCAAACAGGACAAGAAGACAGAGAAGGCUUCAGAGGAGGUGUCGAAAUGUCUGGUGCUGAUGAAGGAGAUCCUGUACGGCACGAACGAUAAGGAGCCUCACACAGAGACGGUGGCCCAGCUGGCCCAAGAGCUCUACAACAGCGGCCUGCUCAUCUCACUGGUGGAGAACCUCCAGGUCAUCGACUUUGAGGGUAAAAAGGACGUUUGCCAGAUCUUCAACAACAUCCUGCGCAGGCAGAUCGGCACCCGCAGCCCAACGGUGGAAUAUUUCUGCUCUCAUCAGGAAGUCCUCUUCAUCUUACUCAAAGGGUAUGAGACUCCUCAGGUGGCAUUGAAUUGUGGGAUUAUGCUGCGCGAGUGCAUCCGGCAUGAACCUCUCGCCAAAAUCGUCCUCCACUCUGAACACUUUAAAGAUUUCUUCAGCUACGUGGAGAUGUCCACAUUUGACAUCGCUUCUGAUGCAUUUGCCACCUUUAAGGACCUGCUCACAAGACACAAGGUCCUGGUGUCGGAAUUUUUAGAACAGAACUAUGAUGCGGUUUUUGAUAACUACGAGAAACUGCUUCACUCUGAGAACUACGUGACCAAGAGACAGUCGUUGAAGCUGCUGGGUGAACUGCUCCUCGACAGACACAAUUUCACAGUCAUGACACGGUACAUCAGUAAACCAGAGAACCUGAAGCUCAUGAUGAAUCUCCUGAGGGACAAGAGCCCCAACAUUCAGUUUGAGGCUUUCCAUGUCUUUAAGGUGUUUGUGGCCAAUCCAAAUAAAACGCAGCCCAUCGUAGACAUUCUUUUGAAGAACCAAACGAAACUCAUCGACUUCCUUAGCAACUUUCAGAAGGAUCGCACGGACGACGAGCAGUUUAACGACGAAAAGACGUACCUCGUCAAGCAAAUACGAGACCUAAAGAAACCAGCCUCCUAAACUUUAGCUAUCGCAGUAUUAAGGAAAACAGAAAAAAAACACACAAAAAAAAUAUUAACAAUAAUAAUUCUAUUUAAAAUCUUGAAAAAUGUGUCUCCUCUUAGUUCUGAGGCUUACAAAAGAAGGUUCCUGAUCAUUGAUGUUCUCUGUUCUUAUUUGCUUUUCUUUUUCCUCCUUUCUUUUCUUUUAUCGCAAACUCGCGUGCCAUGAUUGGACGUUUUAAAAGUAGGAAGCAGGCAGUUUGAGUCGCAGGACGAACACAUCAAGACGCGUCGCGGAUGAGGAAGCGCAGGUAAACUUUAAUUUCCCGUUUCUGGACACUCCACACUCUCCCUGGCAUCAGCAGCGCCACAUGCCGGAAAAGAGCUGAAAUUCCUAAAUGAUCAGUUACGAGCCGUCUCGAUGUCUUGUAACGGCACUAAUCUUCAUUCUCGCAUUCCUCCUUUCCGUCAGUAUGACUUGCAUUCGCUUUUAUUCGAUUAGCCUGUGCUUUGUUCAGAACACUACACACCUGAUCAUUUCCUCCCUGUUGUCUUUAUUCUGUUUGUGUUUUAUAAGAAUUAUCUAGAAGGAUGAAUUCAUUUAUCAGUAUUUUAAUUAUUGUUCAUCUGAGCUAAAACAGGAAGCGCAUGUGUGGGUCUUCAUGUACAUUUUGAGUUGCUGCCAGGCCGUUUUUUUUUUUUUAUAUAUAUAUAUAUUUUUAUUUUGAUGUUUACCUAAAGCUGAUUUUGCUCUUAAGGUGGUCGCCAUUUUAGAAGAAUCUUGGGAAAUCAAUUUUGGCACUGAGUGUAUAUUCCAACCGGUAGAUUUCACGUAGAUCAGUGGGUUAAAUCUAUAGUGCUUCGGCAUUACUAUCGUAUGCUCUAUACUAUAGUGUCCUUAGUGCUAUUGAAUUUGUUAACUUUAGUACAUCAUACUAAAGUACUUCUUAUACUGUCGUGCAGCUGUAGUGUAAUAUUCAUUUCUAUACUAUAGUAUUCCUUUUACUGUAGUAUGUAUUGUGUGCUAUAACCCAUAAUUCAGCUGUCUUUGAUGAUUUUGACAGAAGUAGAUUGUCGCAUAGCUGAAAAACGAGAUGAAAUGAGGACGCAAAUGUACAAAACAGGUGCCUUUUGUUCUUGAGUUGUUAAUUUCCUUUUUUUAUUUUUUAUUUUUUUUGAGAAGAGAUUUUGGAAGGGGGAGCUUAAUUUCUUUUUGUUGUUAAUAUGUUCUCGUUGAGCAUAUUUAGCUUGAUUAAGCAAUGAACCUCUUUAACUCACUAUAUUUGAGUUAUGCUGUUGAAGAAAAUUCAUUAAAUUUCUUUUUUUCCUCUAAAAUUGGUUGAUUUCAGUAUUUUUUUUUUUGACAAUAUUUAGUUUUAUGUGAUGAAUAAAAUAUGUUUAGGUGGUUUGGACCAUCACUCAAAAGUGUGAAGCAAAUUCAUUUGGACUCUAGGCAACAGGUUUCAAAUUUGAAAUAUCCAUCUGAGCCAAAUUUAUUGAAUAUAUUUGUCAGAAUUUACAUGGACAGAUUAAAAUUGGAAUUAUUUUUUCCUACUACACAUACAUUUGCAGUUUCCAUCUGAAUAGUACCAUAUCAAUAAAGAACAAAUGAAGCA